GCCUUGGAGCUCGGUAGUAGGAGUGAUUGGGUCAUAAGCGCCCCCAUCUUUUGACAAUCAGCGGGCUACGGCUUCAUCCAACCCGUAGAGCGACCAACCAACCCGUGGAGACGCUCACCCCGAUGACCCCCCGGAGUGACGCGUCUGGAGCGGGAGGAGGGGAUCAUGCGCAAAUCUGCAGCUCUCUAGCGCUGUCGUAAAACAAGUGUCAGGAGCGCCAGCCGCCAGCAUCACUGUUAAAGGCGAUGCCAGGUAUAACCAAGUACAAUCUCGUGGAUGAUGCGCACGAUUUGAGGAUCCCCAUGCACAACGAGGAGGUGUUCAAGCAUGGGGUGUGCUUCGAGGCUAAGUACAUUGGGAGUCUGGAGGUGGGGCGUCCAGGCAGCAGGAUGGAGAUAGUAGCAGCCAUGAGGAGAAUCAGAUAUGAAUUCAAGCUGAAGAACAUCAAGAAGAAGAAAGUGAACAUCGUGGUGUCGACCGACUCUGUCAAAGUUCUCCUGCGAAAAAAGAAGAGAAAAGGUUGGUCUUGGGACGACAAUACCAUUCUAGUGACACAGGACCCAAUUUACAGGAUUUUCUACGUCUCACACGAUGCACAGGACCUCAAAAUCUUCAGCUACAUCGCCAGAGACGGGGAGAGCAACAUUUUCCGCUGCAAUGUGUUCAAGUCCAAGAAAAAGUCUCAGGCCAUGAGGAUUGUCCGAACUGUGGGCCAAGCGUUCGACGUGUGCCACCAGCUCACCGCACAACAGAAAGGCGAAGAUGGGGAGGAAGAGGAGACGAAGGGGGAGGAGUCUGCGGUGGUACCAGCUCAGAAGAAGUUGACUGUGUCUUCAGAGACUGACCUUGAAGCUACGACAGAGGAGAGCAUCGAGUGUGCGUCUUCGUCAGAGCCAGAGAAAAGCAGAAAGGAGGAGGCCAACAGUGACGCUGCAAAGGACCCCCCUGUCCUGCUGCACUCGCCCCUCCUCGGGGCCUCGGCUCAGCCUGAGGAGACGUCCUGUUCAGCUGAGCACCAGCUCCAGCUCUUGCAGAAACAACUGCAGCAACAGGAGCAACAGGCUCUAGCAGCCAACGCUCAGGUGCGUGUCUUGCAGCAGCAGCUCUCUGUGGAGGUGUGUGCGCGCUCAGAGGCUCAGGCCAGAGUGCAGCAGUUACUGCAGCAGAACACAGACCUGUUACAGCACAUUUCACUGUUGGUCAAACAGAUCCAAGAGCUAGAGCUCAAAGCUGUGGGACAGUUAUCUUCCAUGGGCUCCCAGGACAGUCUUCUGGAGAUCACCUUCCGUGCUAAGCGCCCGCCCUGUGAUGCGCUCCCCUCUUCAUUAUCAGUGGCCCCUUUGGCGUCCCAACACCAGAUUAGCGACGCCUGGUCCUCCACCUUACCAGGGCAGUGCUCUCCUGGCACUGUUGGCCCUGACGAGAGUUCAGUGGGCUUGAGGGGGAGUGCUGUGAGGCUGGAGUGUUUCCGGUUCCCAUCCAGGGGUCCGGAGCGCCUGGAGCAGGGGCAGGACAGCGGGGAGACACCCAGUGAAGAGAGCUCGCCGCUGGGGGAGCAGGUUCUGGGUGCCCUGGAGCUGCUGAGGUUCAGAGAGUCAGGAAUUGGUUCUGAAUAUGAGUCAAACACAGAUGAAAGCGAUGACCGGGACAGCUGGGGGCAGGGGGAGGGGCUGACACCAGAGGGAGCGCCGCGACUUUUCAAUGUGCUAAAUGCAGAGAUUCUGCCAGAUUCUUUGGAUGACACUGAGAUGGCUGUGUAGGGUUGUACCUGGAGGACACAUAAAUUACAUAAAACAAUAUUACUGUAUCAACAUGUACAUCAUCUGGCUCAUCGUGGAUCAGUGACACUUCUUCUUUUAAUUUGAUGCUUGAAGUUUACUUGUAAAACCCAGCCACAAGGAAUCAUAAGCCAGAGUACUUUUUGUGCCAAUCUGAAGGUGUGUAGGUUGUGAGGGUUGCUUCAAUAAGGGCCUCAAGUGAAAUAUUCAAAUAUAUGCUAAACUUUUGCCUGAAAUUUAAUUCUGAUUACAAUCAUCUUUUGAUUAAAUUAAUUUAAUCAAAAGUAUAAUAAUGCAUCACUGCAAUGCCCAGCUGGGAACUGAUUAUUAACUCAAGCCUGCUUUGGUGAUUAGUUAAGUGACUUACACAAGUGGAGAAAGCCUAUUUUUGUGGUUUAGGUGUUUAAUUUGAAAAUCGUUUAUUGCUGCUGAGAUUUCAGUGUUGAUUUCUGGUGUCUGUGGUAUUAUGUCACUAAUGUUAUGUUCAUUUUGUAAACUCAGCAUCAAUGUUAUUGUCAUAAUAUCUGUGCAGUCGUUAUGUGAGGGAGGAGUUUGAAAUCUUGACUAUGUAACCCUUAUUUGCGUUUUGGGUUAAGCAAGUCAUUUCCUAGUAUUUUGUACAUUGUUGAUCUUGAAAUGUCUUAACAUUGAGCAGUUGUUCUCAUCACAGAAUGUGGCAUUACAUGUCUCAUAAUAAAAUUGUAAUAAUGGUUAUGGACUUG